AGUAUCUUUAUCUUUUUGUCUUAUUUUAUCACACUUUGUGCAUUACAGUUGUUUGAGUUUGUGUUUUGAUGAUUAUGUGCAUGGAAAGAAUAGAUUCUCUUGGCCUGGCCCCAAUUGAUACUGAGAUCGAUAGAACAUUUUGAGGACAUGGAAGAACCGCAAGGUUACAUGCUCAACCAAUGGUGGAACAAGAACAACCACAACAUAGGCCGAGGAAGAUGGAGUCUUUCUCUAGACCAAGUGUGGACAACAUGCAAUCACCGAUACUUCACCCAACUGUUCCUAACAACAACUUAGCAAUCAAGAUGGGGAUUACAUCCACGCUUAAGAAUGCAGCUCAAUUUCAUGGAUCAAUGAGUGACGAGGCACAUGCUCACAUCAAUUCGUUCUAUGAUCUCACAAAUAUUAAGACCAAUGGAGUCUCCUAAAGCAAUUCAACUAUGACUUUUUCCAUUCACUUUGAGUGGGCUGCGAAACAAUGGUUGAAAAAACUCAUCCUCAUCACUCAAUCACUUCUUCGGCGGACCUAUGCGAUAAAUUCUUUUCUAGAUAUAUUCUACCCUCAAAGACGGCGUUAAUGCGGAGUGAGAUUCAAAUGUUUAAGCAAGAGGAAGAAGAACCUAGAUAUGAAUCAUGAGAGAGGUUCAACUCACUUCUUCUCAAGUGUCCAUACCAUGGAAUAGCCGACUGGAUACAAGUAGAGAGCUUCUAUAAUAGAUUGACUCAUGAAUCUUGCCACUUGAUUGAUGUCGCUAGCAGGGGAGCAUCCGAAACAAGUAAGUAGGUGAAAUGCAAAAGCUAAUCGAGGAAAUGGCUCUCAAUAGCUAUGAUUGGGGUGAUAGAAGGUGAGGAAAGAAUAUAAAGAAAGAGAAAUUUACUACAAGUUGAGGAAUCAUCAUCAGUGGUGGCCCACAUACAAGAGUUAUCAAAGAAGAUUGACUUAGUUUCAUCUGCAUUGAAGGAUAAUUGCAAGCAAUAAUUGAUGAAGUGCGGUUAGUGUGUAGGUGUCAAUCACGAUUUGGAAGAUUGUAAAGCCGUGAUCGAGGUCUCAAUCCAAUACGAGAAAUCAAACUUUGUGGGAGGCUAACAAAGGGGUUACAAUCCUUAUAGUGCAACCUAUAUCCCGGGAUGGCGAAAUCCCCCAACUUCCGAUGGUCUUCACCAUCGGAAAGCAAGUCUUUCGGAUUUUCAAGGUCAAACCCCGAUGCAAGCCUCAUUCCAAAGAUCAAACCCAUCUUCAAGUUAAGGUCCAUACUAAGAACAAAGCCGACCUUCGUAUUGUUGGUUAUCCAACCUUGAAGAUAUGAUGGGACAAUUUAUCUUGACAGCCACAAGAAGAUUAGAUACAAUUGAUAGGUUUGUGGAGAAUCCUACAAAUAAGUUCUCAACCUAGGAGGUGGGUCAAAGAAAUUAACAAGCGACUCUUCAGAAUCUCAAAUCACAAGUGAGCACCAUAGCUCAAACCUUAGCGGUGAGACCUUAAGGAGCAUUGUCGGGCAAUACGGCACCAAACCCAAAGGAAGGAUGCCAUGCAUUAUCUUUCGAAGCGUCUGACCUUUGAAGGAAAACUCGAGCCCGACAAUUCAUGCACCUAUGAGGGAAACUCCAAAAGAGAUUUCUCAAGAGAAGGAGCUUGUUGAAGAAUGGACAGAAGCUCCCACCAAAAUCGAUGUUGGAAAUAAAGGACUUCCGGAGAAACCUCAAGUGGUUGAGUACUUCCCCAAGGUUUCAUUCCCAAAGAGGGUGCUUGAGAGUGAUAUGCACCAUGAGUGUGCAUAAUGGAAAAACACGCUCAAACAAUUCAAGGUGACUAUUCCUUUCUUGGAAAUGGUGACGAAGAUUCCCAAGUACAUCAAGUUCUUAAAGCAGAUUCUAUCAAUAAAGAAGAAGAUGGAUGAAGUCGUCAUAGCAACUAUGAGUGAGGUAGCCUCGAUCUCUAUAGCUUGCAAAGGAAUGCCUCCAAAUAUGAGUGACUCAUGUGUAUUCACCAGUCCGUGCAUGUUUGGAGUGAAGAAUUUUUGCAAUCCCUUGACCGAUUUGGGCUCAAGCAUCAACAUCAUGCCCACAAGAAUAUACAAAGAGCUCGGGAUUGGCCACUCACUCCAACAAAUAUGAAGAUCGAGAUUGCUAACCAAUUUUUUGCUAAACCUUGCAGAAUAGUUUAGAACAUUCUAGUAAGGUGUGCACAUUUCAUCUACCCCGUGGAUUUUAUUAUUAUUCUUGAUACUGAUGGUUGUGUUUAUGCAUCUAUUAUACUUGGAAUGUCGUUCUUAGCUACGACAAGCACCAUUAUCGAUGCUAGUGAAAGGAUGAUUAUCUUUAGGUUCGCUGAAGAGGAGAUAGGGUAUAGGAUGUCCCCACUUUCCAAUCUACACAAGUACUACCAAUGGGAGAAUGUGGAGAAAGAUUGUGAACCGUUCACACUUCCUAUAACCCCACCCUCGAGUCCUCAUAUUGAAUUGUUUAAUAUGGUUUCGCAAAGUGAUCCGAAAGAUACACGGGUGAUGAGAAAAAUGACUCAAGAAAGCCAAUGAUGGAGAAAGGAGAGACAAGUUCUCCUUAUCACAAAAAGAUACAAGAGUUUGAGAACAUACCAAGCUAUAGCGAAGGAAACUACAAAAGUUUCCUCUUGAGACAAGAUAUCCCAAUCCCAAGAGAAGGGACAAGAUAAACAAAUGUGAUUCGAUUAAGCUAGCUAGGAGAAGGAAGAGUCUGGGAAUGCUAUAAGCCUCUCACGGAAGUAGACGUUGGUGUAGAGAUGCUUGGUUUCCAUAUCCAUCAUCAACCGUUCGAGAAGCACUUUGAGUCAAUAGCUACGACCAAAGUGGCCAAGACACUUCAGGUCCACCACUUUGGUCUCUACCACAAGAGUGAAUACUAUGCAGCAUACAGUGUGGAGGAUGGAGCCAUCGUCACUUAGCUCUUCCAAAGGAAAAGAGUCUAGUGAAAAGACUUCUAAGGUCCGCUAGUUGGAAGGCACCCCAAUAAUUUCGGUUUGCACUAUCUUUACCUUUCUUUUAAAUGAGUUGUUUGAAAGUUUAAGUUUGGUUAACUUAGUUGAUGUUUUUAUAGAAAUGUAGCCCUUGUCAUGUUUUGUUUACCUUCGUGCAUGUUGGAUUUGAAUAGGCUAAAACCUUAGGCAUUGUGAAAAAGAUCUUUUUCUAUCGGUGGCAAGAUCGUGGUUGCAAGGCUAAUGUUCGCAGCCGCAAUCUUUUGACCCUUGGCCGCUAUCUUGCUCGCGCGUAUUUAAGGGGAAGUGAAUUUUUGCUUUCAUGUCCCCUCUCAAACACCAUGUUCACAAAGCUCUUCCAACCCUUUUGAACAUACUUCAUCAUGCCUCAUUUCCAAUCAUGUUUUUAAGUAUUGCUUGGUAUUUUGGGAUUUUUACAUGUCACUAAGCAAGCUAAUGUAAUGUUUUCAACAUUUCUAUUGGAUAUUUACCUUAGCUAAGUCAAAAUGUGGUUGAAAGUAAUGAGAGUUUGGUACAUUUUUAGGAAAUGGCAUGAAUUAUUUUUGCAAUAGGAUCGUUGACCAUACUUUUAUGAUAUCAUACGGAUUGGGAGGCCUUGGUUUGUCUAGCUUUCAUGAAUUUUGAUGUUUUUUGAUAUGCCUGCAAAGUGUUCGAUGAAAUUCCCCAAUCACAUAACAUAAUAGUUUUUUGAUCCUAUGCUCUACAUAUGAACUUGUAUACUCAAGAUAGAACCUUGCAUGAGCUUGGCUUAUUUAUGGAGAAUGAAUGUCAUUUUUAUUUGAAUAUAGCCAUUACCUCAUGCUUCCUCAUCUAUGCCCCAAAUACAUAACUACACUUAAGUUUGGGGGUGCAUAGAUGGUUGUCAAGGAUGUUUUACAAAGUUCAAAUGUAGGCGUGUGAGUGGAUUAAGGGUUCUUGUGUACCUUUUCCAAUGCUUGUUCUGUGUAGGGAACCCACAAGCACAAGGGUUGCUCCGAGGGGAGAGCUCCCAACAUUCGGAGAGUUCCAACUGUCCUAGCACCCAUCAAUACUGAAGGAAGAAAAAUAGUCAACUAACAAAAGUAAGUGAUCUUGGAAGUAGAGGAACCACAACCGCCACCUUUGGAGCACUCUAAUGAAUAAAGUGGGUGUAGCGUCUAAUAUAACAUGUAGUGGCAACCCGUUUUAGAAUAACGGGAAUGCCUUUUGGGAAAAUUUAAACGGGAGAUUCAAAUAGCUUUAUCGCGUCUAAUCUCCACCUUUUGACUUUUCCAUCCUCAAUGUACGUCUCCUCAUGGGCUGAGGUAUAGGCAGGAGAAGGAGUCUCAGAUAGCUUUACUGCGUCCACCCUCACCAUACUACCUUCCAUCCUCCUAACCACUCUUACUUGCUUGACCAACAAGCACACAAAUAAGUGCAUUAAAAUCUCUAUUAAUCAUCAAUAGACGAAUGACUACUUAAAACCUCCAAAGACACAUUCUAAAUGUAAUAAAUUUGUCAAGAAAGUGUUGAAAAUAACCGAAAGAGCAUCGAUCCUUUCACCUACCUCAGAGAGUUCUUUUUUUUUUUUGCACCUUGCGCAUGUCCUUUUUCAUUUAAGAACAUUCUUAUCGGCAUUUUCCGAAUCGAGUCAAGCAAGGAUGGAGGUAGCUAAGCGAAGCUAGUUACUAAAACCCCGGUUUUGAUAAAACACAUCGGGGGGAGAGAUAUAAGAGGCUUCGAGUUGCAUGAUUUGGUCAUAUAUUUUGCUUGGGGACAAACAAACACCUAAGUGUGGUGGAGUUGUAAAUCCAAAUUCGUGUUAUUUAGCCUCCAUAUUAUAGGUAUUUUCUUUUCAUUCUUUGGUUUCAUGGUUAAUAUAUAUUAUCAUUUGCAUCCCAAAUCCGUUCCUCGUAGCAUUUCAUGUCGUAUUAGGGUGCAUUCGACAAUACUUGCAUUCUUGGCACCAAAACAGGGUACUAGUGUUGGCUUUGGAGCUAAAUAGGAAGAUCGCGGCAGAAGGCCUAGAGAUCACGACCGAGAAGACGAGCUCGGGAACUUCAACCAAAGAUCAUGGCAUCUAGAGAAAGAUUGCAACCGCGAUUUUGGAGAGUUCAACUGUGAACUUAGGAAGCCAUCAUGAAGUCGUCACAAAAGGCCAAAAAGAUUCGGAUGACACUUUAUUUAUAGUGUUUAUCACUUCCAUUUUUGGUACAUGAAAUUAACCAUUGAUAUCUAUGCAUCUUUAGUGGAUUUGACUAUUUGAUGCUUUUAUGGUGUUAUUUUUUUUUUCAAGGUUAUAAAUCACUCAAGAUGAA